AUGGAAAAAUACAUUCCUCACGUCGCCAUUGUGGGCGGCGGGCUAUGCGGCCUGGCCCUGGCAAUCGCUCUGGAGAAGCGCAAUGUCUCGUACACGAUUUACGAGAGACAGGACUCGUUCUCCGAGAUAGGUGCAGGUAUCAAUAUCGCGCCCAACGCCAUUGCAGCAUUCGAUCUCAUUGAACCGGGCUUGGGCAGCUUGGUCAUGGCCCUGGGGACCCGUAAUCCAAACCCAGACGUGUGGAUGGUCAACAGGUUGGGAGCGCCUACGGAACGAUACCCAGACGCGUACCCAAUCGCAUGCAUCGCGGCACCGGGCGUUGGCCACACUGCCGUGGGACGUUAUGAACUGAAUAAUCUUCUCGCGUCCAAGAUUGAUCAGUCAAAGGCUAGGUUCAAGAAAAGGUUGAAGGAAAUAUACCAAAGCGAGACCCGGGUCAAGUUGAUAUUCGAGGACUUGUCUGAGGAAUGGGCGGAUAUCGUGAUAGGUUGUGAUGGCAUCCACUCGGCAACACGAAAGGCAAUCCUUGGCGCUGAGCAUCCUUCUGCAGAGCCUAGAUUCACGGGCCUUGCUGGCUACCGAGCCGUGUUUGCCAUGGACAAACUCAUCGAGGCGAUAGGACCCGACAUUCCAACCACGAGCUGCAUUUGGAGCGGUCCGGGUGGCUAUGUGACCAUGUACUCGAUUGAAGGGGGUAAAAAGGUCAACGUGGGUUUCUGGCGCGACAAGGAGGAAAUCCGCGAGACGCUUGCCAAUGAACGAUGGGUCUUGAAGAACCAAAAGGCUGCGCUGUUGGAGGACUUUAAGCACUGGGGUCCCACGAUGCAGAAGCUGAUGAAUAUGGUGGGAGACGACACUCAGCUAUGGACUUCUCAUCAUCACGAUCUCCAACUCGAGUCUUAUUACAAAGGCAGAAUCUGCCUCAUCGGUGAUGCAGCGCACUCAAUGGGACCACACUGGGGUCAGGGGGCAUCACAGGGAAUGGAAGAUGUAUAUGUCAUGGGCGAGGUACUUGCUGGCAUUUGCAGCCCGGGUGACACGUCAGUACCGCCGUCGGAAAGCAUUCAAGCUGCUUUCUCUGCGUGGCAAGAAGUCAGAAAACCCCAGUUUGAAUGGCUAGUCCACUCCAGCCAUCAUGCCUUUCUCUGGUGGUCUGCCUUUUGGCGUCCAGAUCUCACAGAAAAGGACAUGCUCGACAGACACACGGACGCAGCUGCGAGGCUUGGAAUGAUUUGGGGGGCCAAUAUUGGGCGGCAGGGUGAGGUGGCCAAGUUUGUUAUGCAAAAGUCAAUCACCACAGCCGCUGAGCAGAGAAUGAGACACCAUCGAUUCUAG